UUUUCCAUCCUUUGAGUGAUAUCCGAAUUACUGCACAGAUGUGUCUACUUUCCGGAACGGCAGCCUGUACCCACAAGCUGAACACUUAACCUUUUGUCCUCUAAAGCAUACUGAUUCCACUCUGCCUACUCGCUCUCACCACCGUUUCAUCGCACCUAAAAACGCUUCGAAGGUAAACUACAUAUUACACCUACCCUCUUCAACAGCAGCCCCUUCACGUGCAACCCUAUCAGACAUCCCGAACACGCACAAUGGCAACCCAAAUCCCAACCUUCUACCGCAUAUGCUUCACCGUCCUCGACCCCAUGCUAGCCGCCUUCGGCGUCUACGCCAACAUCUUCAACCCCUCGAUGAUGCUAGGCCGCUUCACCGCAAGCCCUCGCCUUCCCCCGUCGCCAGAAACGACCGUCCUGCUGCACGGAAUGGCCGGCUUUUUCGCGAUGCUGGUAGUUCUUCAGGUCGUUCUUUUACGCCUGCGCCCGCACGAUGUGACUGUCUGGCGCUGUGUUCAGGCUGGUAUUCUGGUUCAGGACUUGUUUAUGAUGGCGGGGUUUGUGACGGAGAUGCGGCUUACUGGACGGGUUGACAUGAGUGCUUGGAGGGGCGAUGAUUGGGCUAAUCUUGCUAUUUACCCGCUUCUUGUGCUGCUUAGAUCUAGUUUUGUCUUUGGGUUUGGGGGGUCUUCGGGGCAGGGUGAGAAGAGGACGAAGAGCGGUUGAAUAAGGUAGAAAACAUUCCUACGACCGACUCACAAUCACGUUGGCCUCUCUAUGAAGAAGCCGAUCGGGAUGACCUUUGGUCUGCAGCCUGCUGCACUGAACUUUUUAGGACUGCAGCCUGCAAGCUGAAUACCUCAACCU